AUGUCUUUGGCGGACAGACAUGAAAGAAUCAUGGAGAGAUGUGUUUACUCUUUGAAAACCUGGAAGCAAGUUGUAUUACAAAAUUACGAAAACGAGCAGGAAGCUAAUGCUGAAUUGGAAAAAAUGAAAAAUAUUGUGAAGGACCAUUGUGCUAUCAACGAUAAUUACAAGAGGUCUCAAGAAGCUUUGAGUAUGGUACAAGAAAAAAUUGACUCUUCAGAUUACAUGACAAUAGAUGUGAAUAAACUUUAUGAAGACUGCUUAAACAAUUUGCCAGAAUCUUCAAACCGAGAUUUUCAAGAUAACGAAAUUUGGGAAAAGGUAAUUGGAGGCGUUACUGAUGUUGUCGAAGUACGUACAAAGAGCAAAAAACUAGAUCCAACCCAGUAUGAAUCACUUGGAGACUCUUUACUUUGCUCUAAUGUGUUCACACCUCCAGUAGAUCCAAUGACAAAAAAAGUCAUUCGAAAUCCAUACAGGAAUAAGAGAUGCAACCAUGUCUACGAGUAUAAUAGCAUUGUGGAUUAUAUAAAGCAACAGCGAAACAGGGCCAAAUGCCCAUAUAUUGGUUGUACUAACCACAGUUUCAGAGUUACUGAUUUGGUAGCAGACCAAGUGAUGGCAAGUCAAAUCACACAACAUUUAGCAACUCAGGGCGAGUCUUCUGAAGAUGAAGAAGUAAUUUAA